AAUUCAGGUGGGCUGGGAGAAAGCACGGAAGUUGUAUCUCACAAACCUGAGAAUUCUAAUUUGCAAGAAGAGUCUCCCAGUUAUCUGGACAAGAUCAACAAUGCCACCAAGGAUAUUGACGCUUGUAGUAAGGUUAAUGCUGGAACCCAGCCUUCUGAUUUCAGUGAGUGGCACGAUUCUGAUUCUGUUAAUGCAGCUAUAUUGCCUGUUAAAGGUUCCUCUUUCCCAAAAGCAGCUGAAGCCUUUGUGGAUGCAAUCAAGAAGAAUAGGUCUUGUCAGAAACUAAUUAGGAGCAAAUUGUUGCACAUUGAAACCAGGAUUGAAGAGCUAAAAAAAUUGAAGGAAAGGGUGAAGAUCCUGAAAGAUUUUCAGGCUACUUGUAGAAAGAGAGUUGGCCAAGCCUUAUCACAGAAGAAGGAUGCCCGCGUCCAGCUAAUAUCUGUGCCAAAGCUAAGUGCUAAUGUGCAGCUUAGUCAGAAGAAGUCAUCUCCUAUGCAAUAUGGGCCUGCUGAGAAUUCUCAAGUUGCUAAUUAUAGAGAGGCUUUAGAAAAGUUUCCUGUAUCUGUGAUUCGAAAUAAGUGGUCAAAGGAAGAGAGAGAGAAGCUCUCGAAUGGUGUGAAACAGCAAUUUCAAAAGAUGUUGCUUCAAAGAUCAGUUGAUUUACUAAGUGAUGGAGAUGGAUCUUUUGAUGAUUCUGAUAAUUUGGACAGCAUUGUUGCAUCAAUCAGGGAUCUCGAUAUUACCCCUGACAAGAUGAGACAAUUUCUGCCAAAGGUCAACUGGGAUGAGUUAGCCUCCAUGUAUCUUCCUGGUAGAUCCGGUGCCGAAUGUCAAGCAAGGUGGUUGAACUGUGAGGACCCCUUAAUUAACCAAAAUUCUUGGACUUCAACGGAGGACAAGAAUCUGCUGCAUGUUGUUCAACAGAAGGGCCUUAGUAACUGGAUAGAUAUUGCUGUAUCAAUGGGGACAAAUAGGACCCCGUUUCAGUGCUUGGCUCGUUAUCAAAGAAGCCUUAAUGCUUCCAUAAUCAAAAGGGAGUGGACUGAGGAGGAGGAUAAUCAACUUCGAGCAGCCGUAGAGGCUUUUGGAGAAAGCAACUGGCAGGUCGUUGCUUCGGCUAUGGAAGGACGGAUAGGUACCCAAUGCUCUAAUAGAUGGAUGAAAUCACUUCACCCAGCCAGGCAAAGGGUUGGUAAGUGGACUCCAGAGGAAGACAAGCGCUUAAAAGUUGCUGUGAUGCUCUUUGGGCCGAAAACUUGGAAAAAAAUAGCCCGAUUUGUCCCUGGAAGGACACAAGUUCAGUGUAGAGAAAGAUGGGUGAACUGCGUAGAUCCCUCUCUAAAUCGGAAUGACUGGACACAAGAAGAGGAUUCAAAAUUAAAGGCAGCCAUUGAAGAGCAUGGCUAUUGUUGGUCUAAGGUUGCAGCGUGUGUUCCGCCUCGUACUGAUAGUCAGUGCCGAAGGAGAUGGAAGGUGCUUCUUCCACAUGAAGUGCCUUGGCUUCAAGCUGCCAAAAAGAUGCAAAGGGCCGCUCUGAUUUCAAACUUUGUCGAUCGGGAAUCAGAACGGCCUGGCCUACUGCCUAGUGAUUUUGUCCCAUUGCCAGAAAUAACAUGUACAUCUGAAUCUGAGCGUAUCAAUCUCUCUGGACAUCAGAACUGGGGGUUGAGCAAUCUAGGCUCCGAGGAAGUUUUGGCCAGUGGCACUGAGGUGGAGAGAUUCACUAGUGAUUCAAUCUCAAGAAGGAAGAGACAAAGGAGGAAGUCAAGGAGGACCAAUUCUAUUGCUUCAUCGGAAGAACAUUUGUCCUAUUGUCCAGAUACAAUGCAUUCUUCAGAAACAAUGCACAGUAACGAUCUGGAGACAUUGGGUGGAUUUAAUCAUUGCCAAAAUAGAAGCUCACAGAAGUCCAAGGGCAUGGCUUCUGGGUACAAGUGUACUUCCAAAAAGAGGGCUAGGAGAACACAUCCCAAGAGGGAUGGAUGUUCUGAUAGUGUAGAUCGGAUAUCAUCUUCUAAUAACGUGAAUUCGUUGAUUAUGACUGGUGGAGAGGAGACAAGGGAACUGGUUAGAGAUGAUGGAUCUGGUACUCAGUGUAAACAAGAUUUUGACCAACAUCCAAGCUACAGCAGAUGCAACAAGUCACUAGAAGAAAAUGGAGGUUGUAAUGACACAGAAGGUCAUCAAUUAUUAUUUGAUAAUCCAAAUUUGUUGUUGAUAGCGAAAGGAGAAGAGGUGGUUGAAGUUGAUAGAAGCGAACGAGCUGCUACCUUGGGUCAAAAGAGAGACGAUGAAUCUGCUAGCCGGUGUAAACAAUAUUUUGUCCAACAUCCAAGCCACAGCAGCCGGAAUGAGUUGCGAGAAGAAAAUGGAGGUUGUAAUGACACAGAAGGUCAUCAAUUAUCAUUCGAUAAUCCAAAUUUGUUGUUGAUAGAGAAUGGAGAAGAGGCAGUUGAAGUUAAUAGAAGCGAUGGAGUAGCUACCUUGGGUCGAAAGGCUUCUAAAUUACAUCCAAGACGGUCUGGACACAAUGAAUCACCGGAUGGAAUUCCUGGAAUAUCCUUUCCCAAUACUGCUGAAUUUGAUGUUGUACAUGAUACUGUUGUUAAUAAGCAGAGAAGUGAGACCAAGUCAACUCCAGAGAAGAGUGAAAGUACUAAUGCUGUAGACCAUCACUCAUCCUCGCUGCUGAAUUCAACAGUGAAGAAGGACUUGGGUACAUCUGGCGUCAUUGGUAGCAAGAGAGGCAAAAGAUCAAGAAAUAGAGAUGAGACUUCAGUAGUAGAAGAAACAGAAAAUGAUGACAUGACCCUUGCUGAAUUUUGCAAUAAAAGAUUAGCAGCAGAAAAUACAGGGGAUGAUGACAUGACGCUUGCUAUGUUUUGCAACAAGAUUAAGAAAAGGAGAAGAGGUUAAAUUAGCCAGUAAGUGCAUUCUUGCAGGAAAAGGCCAUUCCAUGGGAGAUGAGAACUUUGAGAAUACGGGAACUGCAUGGGAAGUGUAUCUUGCCUAUACAAAAUUUUGUAUUAUGGCAGGUUGAGAUAACAUAACUAGGAAUAAUAGUCCGGCAGGAAGGGGCCAUCCCGGGGGAGAUGAGAACCUUAGAGAAUACAGAACUGCAUUGGAGAUAUGGAAUUAUGUCCUGUGAACACAAAGUUUAGAUGCAGGCAAGUGAACAUAGCAUAACAAGGAGUAAGAGUGCGUGCCAUGAUACAAUGGGUGAUUUUUUCCGUUUGCACCCACCGAAUGAGGAUUUCCCGAGUUUUGCUUGUACAGCAGCGAGUAAAAAAAUUUUGUUAUUUGAGUAUAGGGUUUGACUAUAUUUGCGUGCCUAUGUUGCAUGAGUUGCAUCACUGUCUUGAUUUUUCUUGAAAGUAAAAAGUUUCGAGUAACUCCUGUAUUUUCAGUGGUGGUCGUCUUAAUUCCGAAGCAAUUCAUGAAUGAAACUAUUCGAUCGCAAAUGAAAGGCAGAAAUUGCACCUU